AUGUCGGCAAAUGCCCCUCAAAUAUGUAAGACUAUCCUUGCCGGCACGAUAGCGAAAGGCUUGCAGGCAGAGGUCAACGAUGGACUUUCGAAACUCGACAAGAAGCCACACCUGUUAGGUAUACUGGCCAAUGAUGACCCAGCGGCUCAGGUUUAUGCCGACUGGACCGGAAAGACGGCCAAAGAUAACGGGUUCGAGUAUACACUGAAGACUGUUGGUAAAGACGAUGUGGAAGAGACGAUCAUUGCUGCGAACCAUGAGUCGAGUGUUGAUGGCAUAAUUGUAUACUAUCCGAUCUUCAACAAUCGGCAGGAUCAGUAUCUGCAACAAAUUGUGGACAUCAGUAAAGAUGUUGAAGGCCUCAGUCAUCAGUACAUUUUUAACAUGUACCAGAAUAUUCGAUUCCUGGAUGAUCACCAGAUGCAGAAAAGCAUUCUACCUUGCACGCCACUGGCAGUGAUCAAGAUUUUGGAGUAUCUGCACAUCUACAACAACAUACUACCUUAUGGAAACCGACUAUUUGGACGAACCAUCUGUGUAGUGAACCGCAGCGAGGUUGUUGGUCGUCCACUAGCAGCCUUGCUGGCCAACGACGGCGCUUGUGUCUACAGCGUUGACGUGACUGGCGUCCAGCAGUUCACACGUGGUGAAGGUAUACGGAAGCGGAAGCACGAAGUCGUAGAGAAAGAUGGCUGGUCUGUCGAAGACUGUGCACCACUAUGUGAUGUUGUUAUCACGGGUGUGCCGGGUGAUAAGUAUAAGUUUCCUAAUCGCCUUCUGAAGGAUGGUGCGGUCUGUAUCAACUUCUCGAGCGAGAAGAACUUCACCCCGGAGGUCAAAGAACGAGCUUCGAUAUACGUUCCUGCCAUUGGAAAGGUCACCAUCGUGAUCCUGCUACGCAACCUGUUGAGAAUAGUGCAGAACAAACGCAAUGCACCAAGUGCACUCCAUGCAGAUCUGCCCAAUGGAUCGAGCUAA